AUGAUAUUCAUUAAGGACUUGGUGAAUAAGACCUGCCAGGAGCGCUAUGGCCUCUUCUUGGAGCCUCAGUCUUUAACCUUGAUCUGGUCUUUCAUUGUUUCCGUCUUCUGUCUGGGUGGAGUCAUUGGGGCCUUCUUCUCUGGAAGACUUAUUGUCACUUAUGGAAGAAAAAAAACCCUGCUAUUGAACAAUUUUGUGGCAAUAGCUGGAUCCAUCUUCAUGCUGGUCAGUAAAACAGCCACAUCUUUUGAGAUGAUUAUAGUUGGACGACUCCUUUAUGGGAUAAAUGCAGGCAUUGGUUUCACUUCUCAUGCACUGUAUGUGAUGGAGUGUUCCCCCAAGAGGCUGCGUGGCUUGAUGGGCGCAUCAGUUUCCUUCUUCAUUGCGUUUGGGAGGUUCUUCGCACAGCUCCUGGGGUUCAGGGAGUUCUUAGGCACAGAGGAGUGCUGGCCAUGGCUGGUGGGCUUCAGUGGUCUGAUAGGGACCCUCCAGCUGGUCACUCUUCCCUUAAUGCCAGAGUCUCCUCAAUACCUACUGCUUGACCUGGGGGACCACAAGGGCUGUGAGAAAGCCAUGCAACAGCUGUGGGGAAAACACAGCUAUGCCCUAGAGUUAGAGGAGCUGCUGCUGCAAAAGGCAAGAAUUCAGAAGGUGCGACCUACGAGCCCGAUGGAGCUGGUCCGAGACCGAACUGUUCGCUGGCAGCUGCUAGCUAUCAUCGUCUUAUACUUCUCUCUCCAGAUGAGCGGGAUCAAUGUGGUCUACCUCUAUAGCUUUGACGUGUUCAGGACAGCGGGGCUACAACCUUCUCAGAUGCGUUACGCCACUCUGGGAACGAGCAUUUGUGAAGUCAUGACCUCAAUGACCUGUGCCAUGGUUAUUGAGAGUGCUGGGAGGCGACCUCUGCUCAUUGGAGGUUAUUUAGCCAUGGGUACAGUUUUGGGCCUCCUCACCAUUAGCCUCCUCCUGCAGAAUUUUGCCUUUUGGAUGCCGUACUGCAGCAUGGUUCUCAUCUUUAUGUACAUAUUCAUCUUUGGCUGUGGACCAGGUGGUGUAACUGCAUCCCUACCUGGAGAGAUUUUUACCCAAGAGUAUAAAGCAUCAGCCUUCACUGUUGGCUGCUGCCUCAGCUGGUUUGGUCUCUUCAUCAUUGGGAUGAUCUUCCCUCUUAUUGCGGAGAAUCUGGGAGAGUAUUGUUUCAUCAUCUUCAUAGUCUUCUGCAUCAUCGCUGUGUGUUUUGUCUGGUUCCACAUUCCGGAGACCAAGAACAGAUCAACUUUGGAAAUUAUGGAUGACUUUCAGAGAAUGCACAAAAUAGCUGGGACCAAACAGGCAGCACAACUGGCAGUGGAUGAAUUUUGGACUCUCAAAACAACUAAACUCUGAAGUGUACUUUUUUCUCCUCUUCUGAUGUAUGGCUAUACAUUUAAGAAAAAAGUACCUGCUGGGAUCUCUUUAUUUUCCCCAAAAAAAAAUCAUCUACAGGAAUACAAUUCUCAUCUUAUUUCCUAUGCCCAGUGUUUAAAAAAAUGUUAUAAUCGUCAAUGCCAGUGACUGCAGUGAUAAAAGUAUGCCCUCUCACAGAUGAGACACCAAGUUCAGCUGUGAGCUCCAGAACACGUUUUGAAAGUUUCUGGAUUUAAAACAAGAAGUAUAUCAGAUAAAUAACUAUUGAAUUUCCUCUACAUUAAUGGAUAAAAGAUGAUCGGUGCUGAAAGUAGGCAAGUUGUGUCUUUUUCAUUAUAGUCACAGCAAGAACAGUAGGAUAAUCAUAAUCAGCAGUGGGUCUUCACCCCUGAAACACAGGCUGCAGUGGACACGCACUCACGGGGGUGGAUGUUUAUGUGUCACUAUCUACAAUUCCAGCUGUUUGCAGGGGGUGAUUGUCCUUCCUCACAACCCCCCAUCUCCCCAUGCAAAAAGCACACACACUGCAGGAUAAUGACAUCUUAGAUGAUCCAUGCUUGGAGAGCCAUUUGGUCAAUCUAGAGCUGAGCUUUAUUGUAACAUAUAUAGAUA